UCUAGAUAUUUAGAUGGAAGCGUACACAGGAAGCUAUUCUCAUAUUCAUUCUAAUUAGGCAAAAAUCAUAAAGGCAAAAAAGGCAUACAUCAUCUUUUUCAUUCAAUUAUGCUCGAUCUUCUCUUGAUUACUCCAUUUGAAGUUUUAUUACCAAAACGGAACACAUGAGUAAACAAGGAUUACAUAUUGCACAACCACAGAUAAAGGAAAGUCCACUUGAGUUUGACUCACCAUCAUCAGUUCAAGUUCCUAGGGAAGACCAGGAUAAUACACUUCUGUUUGAUUCUAGUUUUAGAGAAAGAAGGUUUUAAGUUAUUUUGCAGUGUCGCAUACCCCAAGUUUGAUACAUCAUCACGCACCACAGUUUCAAGGGAUAUCAAGAAGUUAUAUCGUGAUGAGAAGAAGAAAUUAAAGGAUUACUUUAUUAAACAUUCACAAAGAGUUUCCUUGAUGUACUUCGAUUCAAAAUGUUUGUUACAUGGUGUUGAUGGAACAUUUUAUAGACCAUCAAUGGAAAAUGCGAAAAAUGAUUUUGAAUUUUUGUCAAAUUCCUAAUCACAAAGGAGACACGAUAGGCAAAGCAAUUGCGACAUUCUUAAGAGGGUGCGGUAUCGAUAAGGUAUUUGCCAUUACAGUUGAUAAUGCAUCCUCUAAUAAUGUUACUAUUGUUCACAUCAAGAAACGGUUGCAAAUAUGGAAGACUGUGAUUUGUAAUGUUAGAUAUGCUAAAGCCUCUCCAAAAAGAUUAGGAAGAUUCCAAAGGUCUGUGAAGAAUAUGUGUAAAGAAGAAAAGGCUUUUAUUUGCUUGGAUGUGGCAACAAGCUGGAACUCAACAUAUUUUAUGUUGGAUCGUGCAAUAAAGUAUUCUGAUGCUUUCAAGUUGUUUGAAGAAGAAGAUAGAUUUUACAUGUAAUAUUUUACUAAUAAAGAUAGAAAUGGAAAUAGUUUAAAAGGACCACUGGCAUCUAAAGAUUGGGAGAAUUGUACCAUCUUUUGCAAGUUUUUGAAAAUAUUUUAUGAAGCUACUCCCAAGUUCAGUGCCUCUUUACUUGUUACUUCAAAUUCUUACUUUCAUGAAAUGUGCACUAUAUGUGGUAGAAUUAUGAAGUUGUGUGAUAGUGACCAGUCAAUCUUGAAGGAUAUGGCUUUUAAAAUGAAGAUCAAGUUUGACAAGUAUUGGGGUUAUACUGAAAAACAAAAUGUGCUUCUUUAUGUGGUUGUUGUUCUUGAUCCUUGAUACAAGAUGAGAUUUGUGAAAUUGUGUUUGAGGAAGUUAUAUAGUUCAAAGGAAAUAGAAACCAUCGUUGCGUAUGUAAACAACUCUAUGUCAAAUCUAUUAUGUCAUUAUUCUGAUGAAUUUAAACUAAAAAAUCCCCAAGUUAGUAGCACUCAAUGUGGUCCAUCUAUUUUUGCUCCAGAUAAAAGUUCAAUUGUAGUUGAUUCUGAUGAUGAUGAUGAUUUUAACAUGUUUGCUAUUGAUUUUGAAAAUGAAUGUGAGGAAGAUGAUGCUUUAGUUAAGACAAAUGAGCUUGAUAGGUACUUGGAAGAACGAAGUGAUGGGGAGAGGAAAAAUAAAAUUUUGAUAUACUGGAAUGGUGGAAAAUGUAUGCAUCUAAAUAUCCUGUUUUGACAAUGAUGGCUCGUGAUGUUCUCGCCAUUCAAGUUUCAAUAGUAGCUUCUGAGUUUGCUUUUAGUAUAGGAGGAAGGGUGCUUGAUUGCUUUCGAAGCUCUUUGGAUCCUACAAUGGUGCAAGCUCUGAUAUGUUGUCAAAAUUGGUUAACAUCUUCAUCUUUAACUUUAGAUAUGUCUUCUCUAAUGGAGGAUAUAGAAGCAUAUGAAUCUGUUGAUUCAGAUAAAAUAUUUACUUAAUUUUAUCAAUUUAUAAUUUUUAGUUAUUAAAUAUUUCUUUAUGUUGUAGAUAGUGUAUCUGAAGUUGUGGAUCUUGAAUAGAUUGUUAAAAUAUGCAACAUGUAAGCAAUUAUAG